GGAGACUCGCCGAGCACGGCGAGAGCGUACGUUAGAGAGCGGCGGGCGAUACGUUCUUCGGUCGUCACCCUCUUCCCCGGGAGGAAAAGGGGAGGAGGGGGGGGUAUUUCCCGGGAUACCGACGACGACACGCGCGCAGUAAUAAUGGAGACAUUACUGCCCGGCAACACUGGUCAAUCGUACAGUCCGCAGUUAAAGACCGUUCUCAAGACCUAUCAGCUGUCAGCUGUGAAGAGCCUGCAGGGUCCGAGCUCGGCCCUGCUGGGCAUGGACUGUAAGGUCUUGUUACACGAGCAACAAUCGGCAACCUCCUGCUUCUCACCGCCCGUCAGUCGUCCGGCGACCAACUGCGCCUUGGAGUCGCCCGGGGAGUCGCAGGUACCCGAGAAGGAUGUCGAGAAGGAGGCGCAGCGUCCAGUGACGCCCGUUCCGCUGUCAUCCGCCAGCAAGAUCCCUCGAUCGUUGGAGGACUCGGACGAGGAUCGUCCCGCGGUGGUGGAGCAUCUGAAGGGCGAGAAGCGCGAGCUCGAGUUCCAGAUACCGAUAUUGACGGCGCCUGAUCAGAGCUGCUCCGAGAGAUGCGAGACGAUCCUCGAAGGCGAGAGGAUAUCGUGCUUCGUGGUAGGUGGCGAGAGGAGGUUAUGUUUACCGCAGAUACUCAACACGGUGCUGCGAGAGUUCUCGCUGCCGCAGAUCAAUCAAGUGUGCGACGAGCUGCAGAUCUACUGCUCGCGUUGCACCCGGGAUCAGCUGGAGGAGCUCAAGGACUCCACCAUUCUGCCGAGGAGCGCCCCGUCUUGCGGUCUCAUUACUCAGACCGACGCCGAGAGGCUUGUUAGUGCUCUGCUGUUGCGAACGGAAUCCUGCGAUCCUGUUCAGAUCGGCCAGACACAGGACUGUUUCGAUAAGAAAACGUGCGGGAAAAACGAGGACGAGGAGAUGAUUGUCAAGUUCAAGGUGUAUCAUGAGUGUUUUGGCAAGUGUAAAGGUAUCUUUGAUGCCGAACUGUUCGAAACGGAUGAUUCUGUGUGCAUCGAGUGCCUCGAGUGCGGCUACCAGUUCUCUCCGCAGCGCUUUGUGAGACACGCUCAUAGGUCUUUGGAGAACCGUACCUGUCACUGGGGUUUCGACUCGGCAAACUGGCGGUCGUAUUUGUUGCUCUGUCGUGAUCAAAAAAAUUACAACAAAUCGCUUAUUCUCUUUCGUGAGCUGAAAGAGAGGCAUUUUGUGCUAAACGAAAACUCCAAGCGAAAACUAGAGCUGCGACACGAACAUGAAAGAUUAGCCAAACGCACAAAGAAAGACACAGGGAAGGAUGACUGUGCUGGAAUUUAUAACGGCAAUGGAUUAGGAAUGUACCAUCCUAUGUCCCAAUUAGCUACUGCAGCUGAUCCAUAUUUACAAAUGCAAUGGGCAGUUUUUGAGCUCGCUGCUAGGGGCGCAUCCGCUUUUCGGCCUUGGAAUACUGCAAGCAAUUGCAAACACAGAGACAAUUCAUCCUUGCUGCCUGCAUAUCUCAGUCGAGGUCCACCUGUACUGCAGCAUCCCGAACGAGUCAUCCCACUUUCGGAAUGCGAGCGUUUCGAGCCGCACUUCCAGCCUAACGUGGCAUUAGCGCCUAUAUCGACGCCCACUCAGAUAGGUCAGAUAUCGCCUCUCUCUUCCGUUCAUCAACAACGACGGCAUCCUCACGAGCAUCGUCAUCACAGUCAUCGUUCGACGAGUCCCACGAGCGAGAAACAAGAAUUGCUGUCUGCCGAUGUGAAAUUGGAAAAAACAUCGGCGAAUCAAGCUGCGGCUGUCGAUUCUUAUCCCAUAUAUUACAUGUCCGAUGUAAGUCAAAAGGAAACUGUACUACCGGAGAAGGAGAAAAAGGAGAAAGAAGGUGAGGAAGAAGAGAGUAGUGCAGCAGUAACAUCGUCCACAGUGACCGUAGAGCCUCUUCCAUUGGCGGCCUCUUCCGAGGUCGGCACUUCUUCACCAUCGGAAAGCGAUUCCGAUUCGGAUGGUACCGCGGCGGCCGAUCUUGAGGAACGAUUGAGGGUAUUAAAUGUGCCGCAGGAUAUAAUAGAGUUGGCGCGUCGCGUAGCAUCGGAAAAUGCGCAGCUACGACGUCAUCGACAGUCGGACGCGCACGAGAUCUCGAAGUUACGUAGUCAGCUACACAUGCACAAGUUACAGCAACAGCAGCAACAACAAUCCACGGCCGUCGUGGAAGUUGAUAAGAAUCGAGAUAAGGAGGAUGCUUCGACAAUGGUGCCACAUGCCAGCGCAGCUGACAGCACUGAGGGCUGCAGUGAGGAAACCGACGCUACGGAUUUACCAUCAAAUAAUAAAGAGUCUGAGCCUGCCAAUGUGCUAGUGACUAAUAACGAGUCGAAUCAGUGAUUAGGAUAACACAUGCGAAAAUUAUUUAAUAUAUACAACUGCUCAGCGAUUAUCGCGAUUAUGACGCUUAUCCGAAUAAGCAUGCACUGAAUUUAGAAUACAUUAGGUGUGUAUAUGUUGUGUAAUAUAGAGUCUCUCAUAAUUUUUGUUUACCAAUAGCAUUAUUUUUUGAUAAAAAAUGAAUUAAAGAGUCCUUUUUUUCUGCAAUGAUGAAAGAGGAAUUACUAAAUAAGGCAGAUCCAAUCACAUGUCAUCGUUGAGUCAUCAUGCAUAUUAUCAGGUGCGCGGUUCACGGACAUCAUCCGUCUAACAAAUGUCUAACAAUCUACUAUUUAAGUGAAUUUUAUUUGAUUUUUAUUUUUUUCAUUAAGUAAAAUUAAUUCGCAAGAAAAAAUAAUUUAGAACUUUUUGAUUCAUUCUUCAUCAAGAAAUAACGCUAUGAAAUUUGUAAACACGAAUUGUGGAAAAGACUGUAUAUAUACGAUGAUUCUAAAUGAAACGAAAAAUUGUCUAGAUUUAUGUGAUACGCGACGAGCCUUUAAUCGUUAUCGCAGUUAAUUCGAACUUUUUAUUAGUAAAACAGUUUUAUAAGUAAAUUACACGUGCUAUCCAGCUUAAGCCAUCAGGUUAAUAGAAUCUUUGAAUUUUGUAUUCACAAAAUUUAAAUCGAUCAAUUAUUAUCGGCAAAGAUAACUUUAUAUUUGAUUCUAUAUUAAUAAUUAUGUAUGUGAUAGAUACACUUGUUUGCAUUUUAGCGUUUCACGGAGAACGAAAAAAAUACUUUUCGAAUAAAUUUCACUAUGUUAAAUUUAUAGUCGUGAUGAUAAACGUAUGUUGCUCCGUUGAUUUCUUUUAUUUUUCAGUCAUAAGUUAACGGAUUAGAAAGAGUGAUACUCCCGAUGGGAAGUGUGGUAAACUGAUGCCACGAAUUGGAUAGCCAUGUUAAAUAUACUUUUAUUGAUCGAUUUUUUGAUUAAAGUCGAAUAUUGUAAAUAUUGUAUUAUAAUGAAACAGAGAGAGUACAUUUAAGGGAAUAUACCGCGCCAAUUAAACUAUUACAUUUAAUAGGUAUUAUGAGAUACUUCGCGUAUAUUAAAUAUAUAUGAAGUGUAAAGAGAUUUUUACGAGAUCAUAAUUUUGAUCCCUGAAUGUACAGGGAAUAAAAGAGAGAGAAAGAAAAAGAGGAGGGAGGAUCUCUAGUGAGAAUGAAUUUAGAUUGCUUUCCAUUUACGUCUUUGGUAGUCAUUUGAUCGCAUAAUGUAAAUACAUUGUGGCAUUGUAUAUGUUUAUAAUUAAUUAUAUUAAUUAUCAUGACGAAAUAAUGCUAAAGUACAAAAAACCUAGGUGCUAUAUUAUUAUUCUAGAUAUGCGAUAAGCAAAAACCUAGGUGUGUUCCAGCAGCUCGUACUACAUUGUAACUUACUCAGAAAUGUUAUAUACAUGUUACGAAUCGCUACGAUUAUAAUCUUGUGAUUUGUGUAUGUAAUAAGGAUCUGCUUUUUUAUUCGAAAGAAAAGCUCGGUCCAAGCCUAAUAAUGUCAAUAAGAAAAAAAUUUGGAUAUUUCGAAAUUAUUUAUUUGAUACAUACAGUAGGACCAUAAUUUGAAUCAUUGUUGAUAAUGUAUUGUUUUUGCAUUUUCAAUCAUUUAAGUAGUUAUGAAAUUGUUUAAUUUAUUAAUGGUCUGAGGCGAACACAGUGAUGAUUUAUAAGGUUAUUAUUAAGUAAUGAAUCGUCGACGAUCGUGGUUUUUUAUAUUGUUUUUUUUU